UACAAAAGUUGACACCGAUGUUAUUAAAUGCCAUAUCACAUUUCUCUGAUAUGUCUGUCUGUCUCUUUCACACACACACACACAAACCAUUUGCAAAAAUUAUGCCCUUUUGAAAUAAAAGGUGAUGCUGAACAAUCACACUCUUCUGGAACAGGGUUCCAGAACAGCAUUGCUGGCUGAGGAACUCUGGGAGUUGAAGUCCACAAGUCUUAAAGUUGCCAAGGUUGGAGACCCAAGUUCUGGAAUGUCAUAAUUGCUUCCACGGGGAGAUAGGCAGCCUAUAAAUAUAGUGAAUAUAGUAAGUAAGUAGAUAGGUAGGUAAAUAAGUGAGUGAGUGAGUGAGGGAGGAUAAGCCUGUCAAUAGAAGAGACAAGGCAAUCCUCAUGGCAGGCUUGAGAGAGAGAUUAAUUUCAGCUUUUAAAAAUUGUUCUGGCUCACACAGCAUUUCACUCAAAAUGGUAAUUGGACGCCAAUCUACAAACAUAACUGUGUUCAUGUAUUCUCUGUGGAGAGGACAGUGAUGGCAAACCUUUUCGGCACCGAGUGCCAAAAAGGUUGUGUGGAAACGUUGCACACUCGUCGGGAUCAUGCUCCAGAAAAACCAAACUUCUGGGUUCAAGCGCGCAUGUGCGCCUGACAAUCAGCUGGCUGGCGUGCAUGAGGGUUUUCAGCACUGCUGCAUGGGCGAAGGGAUCGUGCUCUGGAAAAGCUGAACUUGAGGGUUCUGGCGUGCAUGUGUGCCUGACAAUCAGCUGGCGGUGCACAGUACCAGUUUUUGGCAUUGCCGCUCAUGCAAAGUACAGCUGAUUGCCAUGCGCACAAGAAACCUGGAAAACAAACAGGCAAGGCCGUGCAUGCCAGGCGACAUGGCUUUGUGUGCCACUUUGGGCAUGCGUGCCAUAGGUUCACCAUCACAGGGAUAGGACAUAGGAGGGAGGGAAGAUUCCUUUAGUCAAAGUUUAAUGCUUGGUUAAACUGGCCUUAGGACUGACUGAGCCUGAAGAGAGUUUUUGUUUGCAGCCAAGAGAUGGAGUUUAAAAAAAGUAUUUUCCUUGCUCUUCAUUUUACAACAGCUCACUGACCCCUAAAGAUCACUAAAAUGACCAGAGUUCACCUUCUAAUAUUUCCUCUCUAUAAAUCUUAUUUUAUUCAAGCCUCUCAGAUAUUCCAUAAACCCGGUUUUCUCUGCAUGGGAUGUGCCAAGAGAUUCACAAUCUACUUCCAGGGUGUGUAGAUAGCUAGCUAGCUUUGUAUGUUUUUAAUCAAUCCCUAUGCUGCCUCCAUCACAAAAGUAAUUUGUGGUGGCUUACAUAAUAAUAGUGUUAAAAACAACAUUACAAUCAUAAAAAUAAAUUGCAAUCUUACGGUAUGCACAUGGCAUGCCAUAUUGUUUUUGGCUCCUAUCUGUAGUAUUUGUAAGUUACAGGUGGUAACCUAGGUGGAUUAAAAAUAAACCGAUGCUUUCUUAACCUUUUUUGUUGUUGUUUUUGUUGAAAAUUUUAAUGUCCUUCUACCACCAAAAUAUUCCUUUCUAGGGUUGGUCUAGCCAUUCCUUGCGGCGUUGGAUAGGGUGGAGAUCAGCCUCAUGAAAUGUGGAUAUUCUCUUAUGCAGUCCGUGAGUCAUUGACUUUGGAUUUGGGAAAAAUGUUGAAGAAGAACUCAUAGCCUAAAAUAUUUAGGGGAGGCAGAGAGGAUCCGAUGAUUCCUUUAGCAGCAGCCCUGCUCUUUCUCUCUCUCUUUGGUACAAAUGAUGAAACAGGCCACGACAGAAAGACACUGAGAGGCUGCGUGCGCGCACAAAGAUCCUUUCUGAAAAUGAGUUUUGCAAUUGAGGAAAAUUCCUUUUCAGGGAUUAUGAUUGCUUUAUGUACUGUGGUGUCACUAUUCAUUUAUAUACGGAUGUUAACAAAGAACAAACAACCAUCCCCACCAGGACCUUGGUCACUUCCUAUUUUGGGGAAUCUUCUCCAGCUUGGAGAUCAUCCUUACGUUUUUUUCGAUCAGAUGAGGAAGAAAUAUGGAGAUGUGUUUCAGAUACAGCUUGGAAGGGUUCCUGUUGUGGUUGUUAAUGGCCUGGAUGUUGCCAGACAUGUCCUGCUGAGGGACGGAGAAAGUUUUGCAGGCCGACCUGAUAUGCACACUUUUUCUUUUUUAGCUAAUGGUGAGAGCUUAUCAUUUUCGGUGAAGUUUGGAGAGAGUUGGAAGCUGCAGAAAAAGGUUGCUGCCAAGGCAUUGAGAUCACUGGCCAAAUCUGAAGCCAAGUCCUCCACUUGCUCUUGUCUUCUAGAAGAGCAUGUUUGCGCUGAGGCAUCCGAACUGGUGAAAACUUUUUUAGAACUCUCCAAGAAAGGGAGUUUUGAUCCCGUUGCAGUGACAACCUGCACUGUGGCUAAUGUGGUCUGUGCCCUCUGUUUUGGCAAGAGGUAUAGCCACAGUGAUGAAGAAUUUCUGAGUGUGAUCCAAAUGAGUCACGAUCUUAUAAAAGCCUCAGGUGUCUUCAAUCCUGCUGACUUUAUCCCGUGCCUUCGUUAUCUUCCACUUCCUGCUGCGAUGGUUGCCCGCGCGUUUUAUGGAAAGUUCAACAACUUUGUGGCACAACAUGUGGAAGACCAUUAUGCCACAUAUGAUAAGAAUGUUCUCAGAGACAUCACCGAUGCCUUAAUUAAUGUUAGCAAUGAAAGAAAAGCAGAUGAGAAAAUUGUAACCUUAUCAAAUGAAAAAAUAAUAAUUACUGUCAAUGACAUCUUUGGAGCUGGUUUCGGUACACUCUCAUCAUGUUUGCAAUGGAUUUUUCUGUACCUGAUAAACAACCCAGAAAUUCAGAUGAAAAUUCAAGAAGAAAUUGAUGGAAAGAUUGGAGUAAAGCCUCCGAAGUUUGAAGACCGAAAAGACUUGCAUUAUACAGAAGCUUUCAUCAAUGAAGUCUUCAGACACAGUUCUUUUAUUCCAUUCACUAUACCUCAUUGUACUACCAAAGACACUGUUCUCAAUGGGUAUUAUAUUCCACAAAAUACCUGUAUCUUCAUUAAUAUGUAUCAAGUUAAUCAUGAUGAAAACCUGUGGAUAGACCCUGACGUAUUUAAACCACAGAGAUUUUUGAUUGAAAAUGGUGAACUCAACAAGAACUUGGUUGAAAAAGUUCUGAUCUUUGGAAUGGGGCUCCGAAAAUGUUUGGGAGAAGAAGUAGCCCGUAAUGAGAUCUUUGUUAUCCUCACUACUAUCUUACAGCAGCUGAGAUUGGAGAAACUACCUGAAGAACAGCUAGAUAUAACACCAGUAUAUGGACUUUCUAUGACACCUAAGCCCUAUAGAAUGUGUGUGUCACAGCGGGUUUGACUUGAAGAAGAGUAUGAAGCAGCAGCAGCUUUCUUUCAUCACGAAAUAAUUGUCUGAAAUAAUGUAAUGCAAAGCUGGUGUUUCCAAGUUAUAUAUUUUUUCAAAUGUGUUGGAUGCCAACUUCCAUCUCUCUAAUAGAAAUAAGUGUCCAGUAUGUCUGAAGGAAAUCAACUUCAAAAAGACUCCUCAGCUUAACAACCACAAUUGAGCCCAAAAUGUCUUUUGCUAAGUGAGACAUUUGUUAAGUGAGUCCCCCCCACAUUUUGCAACCUUUCUCAACGCAUUUGUUAAGUGAAACAUUACAGUUGUUAAGUUCAGUCUGGCGGUCCUGUUGACUUUGCUUGUCAGAAAGUUGCACAAGGUGAUCACGUGACCCCCCAAGACACUGCAACCGAUAGAAAUAUGAGUUGGUUGCCAAGCAUCUGAAUUGUGAUCAUGUGGUCCUAGGCAGUGGUGGGAUUCAAAUAAUUUAACAACCAGUUCUCUGCCCUAAAGACCAGCUGGGUGGUUGUGGCCAGGGUGGUCAUGGCAAGGGGAUGUGACAGGCACCACUUGGCCUCCUGCACUCCCCUGGGAGCAAAACAGGCUGUGAGGAGGAUGCACUGCCCCUCACCCCCCAGUUUGGGCUUAGUAGGCCUCCCUGAAGCCUACUGGGAGCAAAAACAGGCUGUGAGGGGUGUGUGCACUGCCCCAUUUAGUAGGCUU